UGGCGGCAGAGCAGUUUCUUUUGUUUGGAGGCGCCACAUUGUUUAGAAAGGGAUCGGGGCGCAGAUUGAACCCCAUUUCUGUUAUUCUCAGAAGCCGCUCUGAUAUCUGACAAGUUCCAGGCCGAGGCACCGCGGGGAGACGAGUCACAAGCAGCGGCGGGCAGCUCCGUGAAGCAGAUAAACUGGCGACCUCCAUGGGAAAGAAGCAGAACAAGAAAAAGAUGGAAGAGGUUGUGGAUGAGGAGGAGGAGGAGUAUGUGGUGGAGAAGGUGCUGGACCGACGGGUGGUGAAAGGGAAAGUGGAGUAUCUGCUCAAAUGGAAAGGCUUUUCUAACGAGGAUAACACCUGGGAGCCGGAGGAGAACCUGGACUGUCCCGAUCUCAUCGCCGAGUUCCUGCAGUCGCAAAAAUCCGCGUACGAGUCGGACAAAUCAGAGGGCAGCAAACGCAAGGCGGAUUCAGACACGGAGGUCGGGGGGGAGGAGAGCAAGCCCAAGAAAAAGAAAGAUGAAGCGGAGAAGCCCCGCGGCUUUGCCCGAGGACUGGAACCGGAGAGGAUCAUUGGUGCCACGGACUCCAGCGGGGAGCUGAUGUUCCUCAUGAAAUGGAAAAGCUCAGAUGAAGCCGACCUGGUCCCGGCCAAGGAGGCCAACGUGAAGUGCCCGCAGGUGGUGAUCUCGUUUUAUGAGGAGAGGCUGACGUGGCACUCGUACCCCUCCGAGGAGGACGACAAGAAAGACGAGAAGAACUAAACUGCCCCCCUCACUGACCAACCACUGCCAGCGGGUGAGACAUAUCCGCCAGUCAGUUACGGUGAGGAAGGGGGAGGAGCCAUGCGGGAUUCAGUCUGUCCUGGUGUAAGUAUUAUCCAUGGGGACGGACAGGAGGAACGCUGCAACCUACAAGCUCCUCCUCUUCCUCCUUCUGUCCAAUAGUGUUACAGACUCUGCAUUUUUACUGAGUAGCAUGUCCAUGUAGUGAUGUCUGUUGAUGGGACGGGAGGGGGGGACUAAACGCUUUCACAUCACUCGGGACCCCCGAAUGAACAAGUCUAACAGUAGCUGCUGGGAACUCGCCAGAAGGGGGGCUGCAGCCCCUGUGUACAAGAACGGUUAUUUGGGCAGGAAUCUGAAGCAGUUGCUGAUCCCAUUUUUUUUUUUUUUUUUAACACUUUACCCCCAAAUGAGAAUUUCUUCAAGCUGAGGCCCCCGGGGACUCCGCCAUCACGCUGUGACUACAGAAUCAUUGUAUAAACUGUCAGAUUUGUAGUUUUUCCUUUUUUUUAAGAGAAAAAAGCAUGUGUUUUAGGUUUGUGCAAACUUUGUCUCAAUGUAAAGUAAUUAUUAGCGUUUUGUCAGUCUGUCGUCCUAAUAAAACUUUUAGAUUUAUAA